CCACUUUCUCAAUCAAGCAAUUGCUUCCUUGAACGUGGCUGUCUCGUUGUUUCUCUGUGUUGUCUUGCGGACCGAAGUCGCAAGCACCGCGCUAAAUAACAAACCGGCAUUGAACUGGAUACCCCGGACACCACCAAGUGGAAUUUUAGGCGGUGAGUGGUAGAUGUUAUGGUUUCCGAAUCCCGAUGUUACAUUUUGGACAGCACGGUGUGAAUUGGGCACCUAAAGUAGCUCAUGCUAUAAAUCCCGACGGCUCUGGCACCCGAACCAUUUCCCUUCUUGGACGGUCCAUCGACUUUUCUUUUUUCACCAGACCAAACCUCGAAUUCCAGCCAGCGUGACGGUCAAGGUAUCCAAGGUCCAAGAUUUCAUCAUGGCUUCUCCGGCGAAAAAGGCGCGAACAAAGUCACCCACGCCUGCUCCAGAAACUUCAGCAGCUGCGAGGGAAUCCACGCCUGCUCCUGCUCUAAUUCUGCCCACAGCAGCUUCGAGAGAAUCUACGCCCGCUCCUGCCACCCCAGCAGUCGCCCGGGCAAGGGAAUCAACACCUGUUCCUGCCACUCCAGCGGCUGCAAGAGAAUCCACGCCGGUUCCUGCGACGCCAGCUACCGCAAAAGAACGCACGCCUGCUCCUGCCACUCCAGCGGUUGCGAGGGGACGUACGCCUGCUCCUGCCACCCCCACUGCUGAAACGAAUGCCCCUCUUCCUGGAUCUCACUGGGCCGAACAGGGACUUCCCGAGGAGGAAGAAGAUGAUGCGGAUUCGACCCUUGGAAGCGAUGUCGAGAGCUCGACUGCUUCGAUCGGUUCGAGCAUCCUCAGGUACCGUACCAUGAACGGCAGAACGUAUCAUAGCGACAGCAUAACGGAUUCAGAGUAUUGGGGCCCCAACGACGAAAAGCAGAACGAAUUGCUGGAUAUCUUCCAUCAUGCCAUGACCAUUCUUUUGGAUGGCAGGCUCUAUGAUGCCCCUCUUCCCAAAAAAAUGGAGAAUGCCAUCGAUCUCGGCACAGGCACAGGCCUCUGGGCAAUCGACUUCGCCGAUGCAUUCCCCAACUGCAACGUCAUCGGCACCGACAUCUCGCCCAUCCAGCCCAGCUGGGUUCCUCCCAACAUCCGUUUCGAGAUCGACGACUACAACAAGGAAUGGACCUACAAGCCUGACUUCUUCGACUUCAUCCACGUCCGUUGGCUGAGCGGAACCGUCAAGGACUGGCUUGCCUUCUACAAGGAUGCUUACCGAUGCUGCAAGCCGGGCGGUUACAUUGAGCAUAUGGAUACCCACGGUACGAUCCACUCGGACGAUGGUUCCAUCGACGAAAAGGUGCAUGCUCUAGGCCAAUGGGGUCCCAUAUGGCACGAGGCUGGCAAGAGGAUUGGGCAGGUUCUGAUCCCCGCUGCCAUGAUGGAGAGUGCAAUGAAAGAGGCGGGGUUCGUGAAUAUUGUGGUGAAGGAUUACAAGGUCCCUAUCUCGCCAUGGUCCGAGGACAAAAAGAUGAACGACGUUGGUCUGUACUUCUAUGCCGUCAUGAACCAGGAUCUUGACGGUGUUCUCCAGUUCAUGUUUGGCAAGGUUAUGGGGUGGACUACGGAGGAGAUCGGCAUCUACAUCCGACAUUUGAAGAAGGAGAUGAAGGACAUGAGCAUUCAUGGGUACUUUGUCUUCCGCAAGGUGUAUGGCCAAAAGCCAGUGGAUGCUUAGGAGUGAUGUACGGCUAGUAGUAGGCAACAACACCGAUCGAGGCUGGAUAGUAGGUAAUUUCCCACGAUAGGAGCGGUUGGAUAAUCUGGUACCUCUACUUUACGACAAGCUUCAUCUUCUUCUUCUCAAAAAAUAAUUUGGAAAUAUAAAACUUGUAGUCAAAACC